GGUCCCGGGAAUGUGGUGGGUUAGGGGGUCUGAGCGUAGUUGGACUGUGAAGGGGAGCGGCCUCCCUGUAUGUAGCCCCUGCAGCCUUCUCCUCUCCCCGGGUCCCUGGCCUGACUCGUCGCGUGCGAGGACCCUGAUGGCUCCGGUCCCUGCGGGCCGGCGCCUCAGCAGCAGGCCCAACGCUUCCCUGCCUGAUGCGUUCGAAAGACCCUAAAAUCUUGGAUGAAAAUACUUACCUGGGAAACUGAGUCUCUGUUCUUUCUCAAGCUGGUCUUGAACUUCUGGCCUCAAGCAGUCCUUCCACCUCAGCCUAGAAUCUGCUACAAUUAUAGGUGUGAGCCACAACACCCAGCCUGAAAUCUAAUUCUAAUAGCAACUUUGUCUACAAAGACUGUACAACUACUGAAGUUGGGGCCCAGGGAGGGAAAACUCCCAGAACUUCUCGGUCCUGAUGCCUGACCAUGGAGAUGUGAGCCUCCCACCCGAAGAUCGGGUGAGGGCUCUCUCCCAGCUGGGUAGUGCAGUGGAAGUGAAUGAAGACAUUCCACCCCGUCGGUACUUCCGCUCUGGAGUUGAGAUUAUCCGAAUGGCAUCCAUUUACUCUGAGGAAGGCAACAUUGAACAUGCCUUCAUCCUUUAUAACAAGUAUAUCACGCUUUUUAUUGAGAAACUACCAAAGCACCGAGAUUACAAAUCUGCUGUCAUUCCUGAAAAGAAAGACACAGUAAAGAAAUUAAAGGAGAUUGCAUUUCCCAAGGCAGAAGAGCUGAAGGCAGAGCUAUUAAAACGAUACACCAAAGAAUAUACAGAAUAUAAUGAAGAAAAGAAGAAGGAAGCAGAGGAAUUUGCCCGGAACAUGGCUAUCCAGCAGGAGCUGGAGAAGGAAAGACAGAGGAUAGCACAACAGAAGCAGCAACAAUUAGAACAGGAACAGUUCCAUGCCUUUGAAGAAAUGAUCCGGAACCAGGAGCUAGAAAAAGAACGACUAAAAAUUGUGCAGGAGUUUGGGAAAGUGGACCCUGGCCUAGGUGGCCCGCUGGUGCCUGACUUGGAAAAGCCCGCUUUAGAUGUGUUCCCCACCUCUCCUAUCUCAUCCACACAGCCUGCAGACUGUAACACAACUGUAAGGCCAGCUAAGCCUCCUCUGGUGGAUAGGUCCUUGAAACCUGGAGCAUUGAGCAACUUAGAAAGUAUUCCUACCAUAGAUGGAUUGCGCCAUGUGGUGGUACCCGGGAGGCUGUGCCCACAGUUUCUCCAGUUAGCCAGUGCCAACACUGCCCGGGGAGUAGAGACAUGUGGAAUUCUCUGUGGAAAACUGAUGAGAAACGAAUUUACCAUUACCCACGUUCUCAUCCCCAAGCAAAGUGCUGGAUCUGACUACUGUAACACAGAGAAUGAAGAAGAACUUUUCCUCAUACAGGAUCAGCAGAGUCUCAUCACAUUGGGCUGGAUUCAUACUCAUCCCACACAGACCGCCUUUCUCUCCAGUGUUGACCUACACACUCACUGCUCCUACCAGAUGAUGUUGCCAGAGUCAAUAGCCAUUGUUUGCUCUCCUAAGUUCCAGGAAACUGGAUUCUUUAAACUAACUGACCAUGGACUAGAGGAGAUAUCUUCCUGUCGCCAGAAAGGGUUUCACCCACACAGCAAGGAUCCACCUCUGUUCUGUAGCUGCAGCCAUGUGAGUGUUGUGGACAGAGCCGUGACCAUCACAGACCUUCGAUGAGCACUUGAGUCGGGCACCUUCUAAGAACUACAAAAUCAUAUCAGUGUACUGUAGCCCCUUAAUUGAAGCUUUCAAGCUUUUUUAGCCAGAAUAGAAAGGGGGCAUCACUUGGGGAAGAACUGAUUUUCUGUUUCUGGUUUGAAAAGAAAUAACUGAAUGUAUUUUUUAGGCAAGUCUAGAAAAGAGCAUGAUGACACUAAAGCAAUUGUAACUCAAAAAUUAAGUUAAAGGAAUGGUAUAAUGAACUCCCAUACGUCCUUCAUUCUAAAGUUGCCAAUCGUUAACAUUUUUUUUUCUUUUAGCUGUCCUUCAGUUUCUACACCAACCUGCUUAUUAUUUACCCCUGCACUAAAUAAGGGAAUCUAUGCAGAAAUUUGGAAGCCAUUUAGAUAAUAUUUGGAGUUUUCCUGUGGUUUAUGGUGAUAUUAAUGGGGCUUAUUAUAAAGAUGAAGGAUAGCUCACUACAUCUGACCAGAUGGUGAGGCUUAUAAAACCUUGAAGAGUGAUUUUGUCAGGAAUUAUUGUUAUUUAAAAAAUAUUGCAGAAUAUUUUCCUGUACAAUAAAAUAAAAUUUAA